UAAUGCAAGAUGAGAGAGAGAGGUAGAGAGAGAGAGAGAGGAGUAGGAGGCGGACGACGAGCACGGGCAACACGGACAUCAUGGAAUCGAGAGUAUGCAAGAUCCAGAGGAAGAAGCCCACAGAGAGGUCAUGAGCCAGCAAACCAAAGGCAGUGGGAACAGGGGGGAGCUGGAGAGGCAGCUUGAUCAGAUAUGGGUAGGAGAUCAAGAGCUAUGGGUUAAUAUUCCAAGAUAUGAUGAUGAGAAGAAAGAAGAAAAGAAGGGGAGAAAUGGACAAACAAUGACACCAAAAUAUCAGAGCAGGACCUAUGCCAAGGUUCUGCAAGGACAGGGAGCUAGAACAAAGGAAGGGGUGAGUAAAAAGGAAUCCAAAGUAGAUCAGACGAGAAGGCAUGGAAGAGGCGUGAUCAGAAACAAUGAGGAUAAUGGUAUUAAUGAAAGUAGAAAAAUAUGGAAAGAAAAAGGAAAGGGAGCAAGUUGGGCCGGGAUAGAAUACAACAUAAAAGAAGAAGAAUAUGCAUGGUUAGAAGGCUGUUAUGUGGGGACGGCACAUUUAGUUGAAAUGGUUAGAAAUUUGCAGGAGAAGUUUUACAUGGAGGGGUAUUUCUCAUGUAGAGUCCGAGCAAUGGGGGGUAAACUGGUUUUGCUGGACUGUGAGGAUAAAGAAGAGCUAAAGGACUUAGUUGAAAUGGCUGCAGAUUGGCUUGGACAACGGUUUGAAGAAGUUCGACCUUGGAAACCAAACUUGGUAGCUCAAGAAAGGUUUGUGUGGAUUAGGUGUCAUGGGGCACCUUUAAAUGCUUGGGGGUGUGAAUUCUUUGAAAAAAUGGGCAGCUCUUGGGGGAAAUUCAUUUGUCUAGAUGAUAGCACAAGCAACAAAAGGAGGUUUGACAUAGCCAGAUUUCUGAUCUCAACUCCAAUUAUGGAUACAAUUACAGUUACACGCCAAGUUAAAGUCAAUGGGGUGUUGUUCAAUAUUAAGUUUAAAGAGGAAGAAUUUACCAACAGCUUUUUCUCCUUGAAACAAGAUUUCAUACCCUCAUUUCAUAGUGAUUCAGAGGAUCACGAAUCAUGGUCACUGGGUACUGAUUUGGAUGCCAUGGAGGAAGGGGUUGAAAAAACCCAGGAACCGGGUGAAGUGAGAAGCACAGAUGCAGGGAAAGAAGAUGAUGAGGUGGCGAGUGGAAGGGGAAAAAAAAAAAAAAGAGCAGAUAAUAUAGGGAGGCUGGAUGUGACGCAAGAGCAUGGGGAAGAGGCAAGGCGGAUAGAGCAGAUCCGGAAGAGGAAGAAAAGGAAAAGUCGUUCUUGCAAAUCUUUGUACUCCAACGCUGCAGAUGCUGGUGUAGGAAACCAGAGAAGGAACUCCCAAGGAAGGAAUCAAACUCAAGGAAAGGAAGGAAAGGUAACACCGGCACUCAUCUUGUCUUCUACUAGUAAAAUAGCUGGGGAAUCAAUUGGAGACGGUGGAAUCUUGAACUGUAAUAGACUUGUGGAGAGGCAAAGGCAAGAACAACUAGCGGAGGACAUUUGGGAAUUUGCGAAAAGCCUAGGGGUGGUGGCAGAAAAUGAACAGCAGGUUACCCAGAGAAUUGAUGAAAUGGAGAAACGAGAUAAAAAGGAGAAAACAAACAUGGUGAUGACAGAGGUGACAGGCAUCAAAGAGGAUGAUUUUGAUUGGGUUGCGAAGGCAUCAAAUGGAAGGUCAGGAGGGUUGCUCUCUGUUUGGAACUCAAAAGUGUUCAGAAAGAAUGGGGUAAUUGAAGGGGAAAAUUAUUUGGGAGUAUGCGGGUUGUGGGGAGAGGAAGACACUGUAGUUUACAUAAUCAAUAUUUACUCUCCAUGCUUGCUGAUGGGUAAAAAAGCAUUAUGGGAAGAAUUACAGAGAUUAAUCACUAGCAAAGGGGGGAAGUGGUGUUUAGCAGGGGAUUUUAAUGUAGUGAGAAAAGUAGAAGAACGAGCAGGGAGCAGGGAAAUAACCAGGGAAAUGAGGGAAUUUGAUGAUUUCAUACUAAAUACAGGCCUAAUAGAUCUACCUUUGGCGGGAAGGAAAUAUACUUGGUAUAACUCCAAUGGGCAAUACAUGAGCAGAAUUGACAGAUUCUUGAUGUCGGAGGAGUGGAUCUUGAAUUGGAGUGAUGUGAAACAAUGGGGUUUAAGCAGAUCAGUAUCGGACCACUGCCCUAUCCUGUUGAAAAAUGAGAGCAUAGAUUGGGGUCCAAAACCAUUCAAGUUCUUCAACGCUUGGCUGGAUCAACCGGGAUGCAAGGAGAUAAUCACAGAAGUGUGGAAUUCUACCAAGGUAAUGGGGUGGAAUGGGUACAUUCUAAAGGAGAAGUUGAAAAGAACUAAGAAUAAGCUAAAGCAGUGGAGCAGAAAUGCCAUAUCAGAAGUGGACAGAAAGGUUAAAGAAGCUGAAAAGGAGAUAGCCGCAAUUGAUGAAAAAGGAGAAAAGGGCCAACUCUCUCCACAAGACGUGGAACAAAGAAAAAAUUACUUUCUAGAAUUGUGGAAGAACAUAAAAAUCAAAGAAAGCAUGUGGCAACAAAAAUCAAGAAAAAUGUGGCUAAAAGAAAGGGACGCAAAUACAAAGUAUUUUCAUACAUGUGUGAAAGGACGAAGUAGAAGGAAUGAAAUUCUUAGUAUUCAAAUCAAAGGUGACCAGCAUACAGGGGUGGCAAAAAUAAAGGAAAAGGUGGCCAAAUAUUUUGAGGAAUUAUUUACAGAAGAGAAAUGGAAGAGACCAAAGCUAGAUGGCAUCAGAUUCAAUAAGAUAUCUGAAGCCGACAAUGACAUCCUAACAGCAACCUUCUCUGAAGAAGAAAUUAAGGAAGCAAUAUGGGAUUGUGAAUCUUCAAAAUCCCCAGGCCCAGAUGGAUUCAAUUUCAGUUUUGUAAAGGCUAUGUGGGAAGAUAUUAAAGUCGAUAUUGUUGGGUUUGUGCAUAAGUUCCAUAAGCAAGGCAAGAUUGUCAAAGGAUCACAUGCCUCAUUCAUUGUCCUAAUCCCCAAAGUGGAAAACCCCCCAAAAAUUGAAGAAUUCAAGCCCAUCUCACUCAUUGGGGUAAUGUACAAGAUCCUAGCAAAGCUGCUUGCAAAUAGAUUGGGGAAGGUGAUUCAUAAGGUGAUUGGGGAGCAGCAGAUGGCUUUUAUUAGAGGAAGACAACUAGCAGAAGGGGUAGUGAUUGCAAAUGAGGUGAUUAACGAGGCCAAAAGGAACAAGAAGAAAUCCUUCCUCUUUAAAGUUGACUUCGAAAAAGCGUACGAUAAGGUAUGCUGGAGUUUCAUAAAUUAUAUGAUGCUAAGAAUGGGUUUUUGUGAAGCUUGGAGAAGUUGGAUACAAGAAUGCCUCCGAUCGAGCUCGGUAUCAGUUAUAGUUAAUGGAAGCCCGACAAGACAGUUCAUGGUCACAAAAGGUAUACACCAAGGGGAUCUUUUAUCCCCAUUUCUAUUCCUCAUUGUGGCUGAAGGAUUGAAUGGAAUGGUGACUGCAGCUGUUGAAAAGAAGUUGUACAAGGGUGUAACGGUGGGCAGCGAAGAGGCCAUGGUUUCACACCUACAAUUUGCAGAUGACACUAUCUUUUUUGGGGAGGCAAGCGAAGAAAACAUUUGGGCUAUCAAAUGCAUAGUGAGGUCCUUUGAGCUGGUUUCAGGACUAAAAAUCAAUUAUGCUAAAAGUCAGCUGAUGGGUGUUAAUUUAGAGGAAGGUUGGAAAGAAAAAAUGGCAUGUAGACUAUAUUGUAAAGGUGAGGAUCUCCCUUUUAAAUACCUUGGGAUCCCUAUCGGGGGGAAUCACAGAAAAUUAGCAAUGUGGCAACCAUUGGUUGAAUCUGUGAAAAGGAAACUAGCUCCAUGGAAAGGCCGACAUGUCUCCUUUGGGGGUCGCAUAACGCUCAUUAAUUCCGUGUUGUUCAGCUUGCCCGUGUUUCUGAUGUCAGUUUACCUACUGCCUAAAGGAGUGAAAGAGAUGAGGAAGUUUAAUUUGGCUUUGAUGGGGAAAUGGUGGGGUCGGUUAGCAAAAAAAGAACAGGGCCUGUGGGAUAAGGUAAUAGAAAGUAAGUAUGGUGGGAGAGGAGGUAACUGGUUUGAGUGGGUGAGAGAGGGAAGGGGAAUAGGAUCACUAUGGUGGAGGGAUGUGUGUUGCCUUAAUUAUGUGGACGAGGAGUGCGAAGGGUGGUUAACAGAAGGGUUUAAGUUAAAAUUAGGAGAAGGAAAGGGAGUGAGUUUUUGGUGGGACAAUUGGGGAGGGGAAGGAAGCCUUGCUAAUCUUUUCCCGAGAUUGUACUCUUUAUCAACAGGAAAGGACAAAGAAUGUUGCCAAAUGGGUUAUGAGGAAAAUGGAACAUGGAAGUGGAAUCUUAAGUGGAAGAGAGCCCUAUUUGAUUGGGAAAGAGAAGAAGCUGCGGAAGUGCAAAGAAAGGUUGAUGGCGUGCAGCUAUAUCCAGGCAUGCCAGACGCAUGGAAAUGGGAACAUAGCAAGGAAGGCAACUACUCAACAAAAACAGCAUACAGAAUAUUAGCAAAGGAGCAAAAUGCACUGGGCACACUGUCAACUUACAAGAGAAUAUGGAACCUUACCAUUCCGAGCAAAAUCUCUGCUUUUAAUUGGCAACUGGUGCAGGAUAGAAUACCAACAAAGAGUAAUUUGCAAAGAAGAGGGAUUAUUAAUGCUUUGGGUGAGGAAAAUUGUGUUUUGUGCGAAAGGGAGAUCGAGGACGCCCAGCACCUUUUUUUGAAGUGUAGGAUAGCUAAAUGGUUGUGGAAGGCCUGUGGGAAAUGGUGGGGAAUUACCGUCACUUUAGAAUCAGAUUGCUGGACAUCCUUUGAACAAUUUAGGGGCUGGGCUAAGAAGUAACAUGUAAAGGAAGGCUGGGACUGUGUCUGGAACAUAGUGGUGUGGUCAAUAUGGCUCACGAGAAAUCAAAAGCUAACAAGAUCGCCAGUUUACCCCAUGAAGAACGAUUCACCCAAACAGAGGCAAAAAGUGGUUCAACUUUGAGCUACAGAAUUACAGUCAAAAUUUCUUAUUAAAGAAGAAGAAGAAGAAAAAGAAAAGACAUGGCGCUGAUUAGCGAGCUAUAACUACUCAUGGUUUUGAGGGAAAGGGUGUUGAUAAUAACAAACAGUCUAAUAAAAAUACCGGAUCUAU